UUUUCCCCCGCUACCUCGUCUCACGCCUCUCCAAAACCUCCAGGAAUACUAGUGCACAUCAAGCUCGGCCUCGUCCCUGCCUGACGUCGCAAAACCCAAGUCUUCCCACGCCUCUUCUGCUCCGAAUAAUUCCCAGUCCUCCGCGGAAAACUCUCCACCUCCAAGCUCCCGCUGCAGGCCUCCACUCUUCACUACCACCCAUACGUUCUCCCACCGCGACCAAUAUACUCUCCGAUAAUCAGAUCCCAACAACUCCACUCCGCCGCAACUAUGGCUAACCCCUCCACCCCCACGGACCCCUCCUUAAACACACCCUACAAUGACCCCACUGCGACCCUCCUAAGCACAUCCUGUCUCGACUUCCUCCUCAUAGAACUAGUGCCAAUGGCAUACCGUAUAACCUCCGAUCUGGCGGCACGGGAAGAAGAAUGGAUGCGCGGAUCUAGUUCCCUUAACCCACGGAGCGACGAUUCGGGGAGCACAGCUGGGAAUGUAGGGCGGAUAGGAGAUGUUGGAGGUGUUGGAGGGGCAGUGGGAGGUACGGUGGACGAGGAAGAGGCGAGAGAAGCUGUAUUCCAUAGGUUAGAGACUUUGGGGUAUAGGGUUGGACUGGGUGUUGUAGAACGUUUCUCCCGCGACAAACCGCGUCCAACAACCCCCCUCGACAUAAUAAAAUUCCUCUGCAAAGAUCUCUGGACCCUCCUGUUCCGCAAGCAAAUCGAUAACCUCAAAACUAACCAUCGCGGCAUCUACGUACUAACCGACAACUCCUUCAAACCCCUUUCUCGCAUGUCCUUUGACACCAAAAAAUUCGACCAAUUACCUGCACAGGCGGCGGCCGCUAUGGGGGACACCGUUGCGGGCUUGGGAAAAGAUGCGAAUUACAUAGCCAGGGUGCAGCCUUUUUUGUAUUUUCCGGCGGGAGUGAUAAGAGGAAGCCUUGCUGCGCUGGGGAUACAGGCGACUGUGCAGGCGGAGUCGAGUGGGCCGCCGAAUGCUACAUUUCAGAUACGGACAGUGGGUGCGAAGCCUUGAUAUAAAGAGCAAGGGCAUGCAUGUCAGAUACAGUGCAGUCCGUGUGGCGUUUAACAUUAUUUCAAGCGGCAUUGGGUGGCGUAUGGAGUUAGGAGAUUGGGUAUC